GUUCCGCGAAAAACUUUUCACAACACUUCGUUUAGUUGCAGCAAAAUGACAGCAACGGAGUGUAAAACGACCAAUACGACAUGUGCUGCUACUACUGCACCGGGAGAUGGACAUCGCAAAGGGAUUGCUCCUGGUAUCCCCUUGUACAGAAAACUGUGCUAUGCGGUUGGAGGGAUGCCAUACCAGAUGACCGGUAACGCCAAGGGUUUCUUCAUGCAGAUCUUCUUACUAGAUGUUGUGCAGAUGGCUCCAUUCUACGUGUCGUUCAUCCUCUUCCUGGGCCGUGCGUGGGAUGCUGUCACUGACCCAAUAGUGGGCUACAUCGUCAGCAAGAGCGGACGCACACGCAUCGGCAAACUCAUCCCCUGGAUCGUGUUCACCACCCCGUUUGGCGUGCUGGCCUACAUCAUGCUGUGGUUCACCCCCCAGGACGUCAUGAGUCCUGCCGGCAGCUUCGCCUGGUACUUCAUCUGGUGCUGCCUCUUUGACACAUUCAUGAGUUGCUACCAUGUCCCCUACUCGUCACUCAACAUGUUUCUCGGUGGAGACCAGAGAGACAGGGAUUCUGCCACUGGAUACAGAAUGGGGAUGGAGGUGUUUGCGACGCUAGCUGGUGCUGCCAUCCAGGGUCAGAUAGUGGGGGUGUACCACGCCAAGAGGGCCCACCACUGCAGCUUGCUGAACAACACUGACGGCCUGGACCUAAACAGCAGCAGCAGCUCAGUCGGCCCCGCUCUCCUCAACGCCACCGCACACCUCACUGACACCCUACAGAACACGAGGAGGGCCUACGUGGUUGCAGCUGUCAUCUUAGGACUCCUCUACUUCCUCUGCUGUGUCGUGCUCUUCCUGGGAGUCAAGGAACAACUGGCGCCCCUGAGUAAACUGGACCGUAUCCAGAUGCCCUACCUGACCGGGAUGAAGAUGGUGUGGAAACACACGCCCUACGUCUGGCUGGUCUUCGGAUUCCUCUUCUCCUCUCUUGCCUUCCAGAUGGCGCAGGGUAACUUGGCCCUGUUCUGCACCCAUGCUGCUGGGAUGGCCAAAUACUUCCAGCACCUGGUGCUCAUCCUACUGAGUGCUGCUACCUUGGCCAUCCCUGUCUGGCAGGCGAUACUUGUCAGGGUGGGCAAGAAGACCACCAUUUUCAUCGGCCUAUUCAUGUACAUUCCUGCGUUGGUAGUGAUUGCGACGGUGAAGAGUAAUCUGGUCAUCUUCAUCCUGAUGUGCAUCCUGUCAGGUGCCAGUCUGGCUGCUCUUUACCUCCUGCCGUGGUCGAUGUUGCCAGAUGUAGUGGACGACUUCAAGGUCAAAAACCCGUCCUGCAGCGACCUUGAGCCCAUGUUCUACUCGUGCUACGUGUUCUUCAACAAGUUUGGCGGAGGCAUGGCCAUAGGCAUCUCCACGCUGGCUUUACACUUCGCGGGCUACAAGCCAGGUGUGUGUAAGCACCCCCAGGUGGUGAUCACCACGCUGCAGGUGCUGUUUGCGCCCGUACCCAUCUGCCUCAUCGUGGUGGGCAUGGUCCUCUUCCACUUCUACCCUAUCAACGAGAAGCGCCGACAGGAAAUCAAGAGGGCACUGGAACAGGCCGCGGAUAACCGCAUGAAGGAUGAGGACUACCCCCUCUAAAGACAAACACUGAGCACACCGACCCCAACUUGAAGCGGCAAACAGCUGUUUUCUAGAACUUUGGACUUUGCAUUUGCAGUUGACAUUACGUUCAAUUGCAUUCUUGAAGGGAGUACAGUAGGAGCUACUUAUGUGCAUUCCAUGUGCAUACCAGGCAAUGGUCUUAAAUGUAGAGUUUGUAGAAUUGUGGCCUACAUCUAUGCUGCUCUUUGCAACUAUGCUGCCCAUUCCCAAAUUUGAUAUUUUUGUGUAUAUUUACCAAGUAAAAAAACUAACAUUUGAAAUGAAUGUAAUAAAUGAAUGAAGGAGUUUCAUUGCAAAACUGUAUAUAUCUAUUUUGUAGAAUUUGGGGAAAUUAACAUUUUUGUAUCUGGCAUUCCAUUGCAGUGCAUUGCAAAAUGCAUUUUGUAUAGGUUUAAAAAGUAUGUUCCCAAAAAAAUUGAAUGGCAAGAAUUCAACCAUAUAAGAUAGAUGAUAGGACUUCUGAACAGUCAUUUCCAGCAAUAAAAUAGAAAAGUCAAAACUGGUGGAUACACCGUUUUGCAACGAAACUCUUAAAGGGGUAUGCCACUAUUUUGGGGCUUACUACAGUUAAAAUCGUUGGCUGGGGUUUAUAAAGGUGGUUAAGUGUCUUAUUUUUCAUGUUAAGUGUUGUCUUCCUUUAACCCUGUGAGACCUGAACCAUGAAAGCAAUGAGAGAAAAUUCUAUUUUUUUGGAAUUUGCUUCAAUAUUGGUCCCUUAUAAGAAAUGUAAAAAAAAAAAUCAAAAUUUUGUUAAGGUCACUGAGAUAUUUAGUGUAUCAUAUAUGAUGCAUCAGGCUUUAAAGGACUGAAAAUUCCAAUUUCAUGACCAUUGAAAAAUGACUUUUAAUGCAUUUACAACUUUUUUUUAAUUUAAAAAAGUUGUCAGACAAUUUAAUUUGAGGAUUAUCUUUAAAUAUUUAGUGAGAUCCUGCCAUUUUGUAAGCCUAUCCUUGUUUUAGCAGGACCAUAUUUUACAUUUCCCACAGCCUGGUUGGGUAAUUUUUUAAAAUCUAUGUAAAAACAUAGCUGAUCGAAUGCUUAACAACCUAUUUAUGAGUGUAAUAUAGAUCAUUAUUCAUUUUUGAUGUGUAAUUUGAAUAUGGGUCCAUUACUACAAUUGGACCAUUUCUCCAUUCACUUCAAUGCAUUUUUUACGGGAUCAUAAUUUCAACAUUUUGCAUUACAUUUUCAAAAUUGCAAGUAAAACCUGUUUCUUAAGGCAAUAUCUUUGUCUUGAAGUAAAACAACUUGUGCGUUUUGUUAAACGAUCGUCGUGGUAUGCUUUGUAGGUUUCCCUAUGGAGCAAAUGCAUUGAUGGCUGACUUUCUGCCACCGCCGGAUGGUGCUUAUUUGUUUCAUCAGUUUUAGCACGAUCUCUCUGCAACACGGUGUAAAAAUAUAAACUCUUCCUUGAUUAAUUGCACAAAGCAAGUGUUCAAAUUAAAGGAUGUAGUGUUAUAUUUCGGAAAUUUGUACACAAACCUUUUGCAAUUUGACGACAUCUCAGCGUCGGUCAGGGAAACCGCUUCUACUCCAUUUUUGCAUUUUUCGCCGAGCUGUGAUCAACUUGUUGUUGACCGCUGCUCUCUUGUGGCGGUUUCCGUGUACUGCAGGACGUUUGGAAAUGACACGCAGGAUGUUUUUGGGAUCGAUUUUUUUUUGUGUCAGCGUGGAGAGGGCUUUGAAUUUGAUGCAUCCAAUAUGAUGCGUCCGGUGCGAUAGGGUUAAGACAAGUUAAAAGAGGGAAUACUGUAUGUCGCUAAGCUAGG